UGAGCUAGAACUGCUUUCUUUGAACUAACAAUGAGGGCUGUUUCAUGUUGUCUUGUGGUUGCUUUUUUGUACGCUUUUCUUGUUAGUGGUUUGGUGCUGGCUGAUGUCGGAGGGGUUGAGGAUGACAAACAUUUCUUUCACCCCCCGCAUUUGUAUAAGGGGGGAGGACCGGGAGGUCUUGGUCAUGGGAUUUAUAAUAAGGGGUUUGGACAUGGAAGGUUCGGUGGAGGCGGUGGGCUUGGUGGUGGGGGUGGUCUAGGUGGAGGUGCAGGAGGUGGCUUAGGUGGCGGUGGUGGCCUAGGUGGAGGUGCAGGAGGUGGCUUAGGUGGCGGUGGUGGCCUAGGUGGAGGUGCAGGAGGUGGCUUAGGUGGCGGUGGUGGCCUAGGUGGAGGUGCAGGAGGUGGCUUAGGUGGCGGUGGUGGCCUUGGUGGUGGUGCUGGUGGAGGCAUUGGUGGAGGAGCUGGUGGUGGUGGGGGUCUAGGUGGCGGAGGUGGACUCGGUGGUGGUGGUGGAGCUGGAGCAGGUGGUGGGUUUGGUGCUGGUGGUGGUGCUGGUGGAGGCAUUGGUGGAGGCGCUGGUGGUGGUGGGGGUCUAGGUGGCGGAGGUGGACUCGGUGGUGCUGGUGGUGCUGGUGGAGGCAUUGGUGGAGGCGCUGGUGGUGGUGGGGGUCUAGGUGGCGGAGGUGGACUCGGUGGUGGUGGUGGAGCUGGAGCAGGUGGUGGGUUUGGUGCUGGUGGUGGUGCUGGUGGAGGUGGCGGCCUUGGUGGUGGAGCUGGUGGAGGAGGUGGGCUUGGUGGAGGGGGCGGAGGAGGCUUAGGUGGCGGAGCUGGUGGUGGUGCAGGUGCCGGUGGAGGCCUUGGUGGAGGUGCUGGCGGUGGAGGUGGCUUCGGCGGUGGGGGAGGUGCUGGCGGUGGUGCAGGAGGAGGAUUUGGAGCAGGUGGAGGUGUUGGUGGUGGACUUGGUGCUGGUGGAGGUGGAGGCGGUGGAUUUGGUGGAGGUGGUGGCUUUGGUGCUGGCGGUGGAGCUGGAUUUGGUGGUGGGCACUAGAGUGGUUGGACGAGAUUCUGCAGAAACUACAGAUAUUCAAGAUAUAUAUAUGUUGUUCUUUGUUUAUGUGCUACAGCCAACAGCCUAGCUACAAGCCUACAAGGCUACAACUAAUAUGUUUGUUCAUAAAUAGGUGUUGGCCAUGCAUUCUUUCGUCUAUUUUGGUUUUUAGUGAAAGUAAGCAAUAUAUGUUAGAUCAAAACGUUGGAUAUUAAGUUGCUUAUAGUCAUAGAUAUAGCUAGUUGGUUCAUGUGGCAAGCAUAUAUAUAAAAUAUCUGUAAUGGCUCUCUAGUCUCUACCGGCCAUCAUGAAUAAAAUCAUUCCACGUCUGGUUUUCUUGUGUCAA